AUGGGCAAACUGUGGCAGAUGUACUCGGUUGCCGAGCGCCACAAAGCAGACGUGGACUUCCUUCUGGUGUACAUCUUUGAAGCGCACCCAGUUGAUGGCUGGUCAAUACCAGGCAACUACUGCAUACACUCUCACCACUCCAUAGAAUACCGGGCGUUGGCUGCUGAAGUGUUGACAGACCACGGGAUUCUGUAUCCUGUGGUUCUAGACGACAUGGACAAUGGGGCAGCUAUCGCAUACGCUAGCUCUCCAGAAAGACUCUAUGUUAUUCUGGAUGGUAUUAUUGUUUACCAAGGUAAAUAUGGUCCUACCAACUAUAAACCCGCGGAACUGGAUACAUUCUUGGGACAGCUGGUUCUGAAGAUUUCAUAA